AUGGCACUCUGUGUGCUGGUGGUCACAUCCCUGACUCAAGCUCAGCCGUACUCGUUCUCUUCCAUCAUGGCGAGUAACUCAGGGACGCAGUUUGCCACAGAGGGAUAUGGACACAUCAGGGCCAUCAGAGUCUGGGACCUUUACGGCUACAUCGCAGGUCUCCAGCUGAGGUACGCCAUCACAUGGGGCCCUGUGUAUGGCCGUAGGAUUGGCCAGGGGACUGACCUGGAGCUCGCUGAAGGAGAGGGCAUUGUGCAGCUCUCAGGGAAGUACAUCACCAGAAACUACAUCCGGCAUUUGAUGUUUGUCACCAGCAGAGGGCGCUCUAUGGUCGCUGGCCAUCCCUUUGGAUCCUCCUUCAAUUUCUACCCUUCCAGCAGCAGCAGUGAGCUGCUGAUUCUGAGCGGCACAGUCAACAGAUACGGCAUCACCUCCAUUGGGGCACACUGGGGACCUUCUGGGUUACCAGCAGCCUCUUAA